ACCCUUCACUGCACCAUUCUAAAGCUAAAGCCUGAAAUAUUGUUACUUAGCUUCAAUUCAUUAUCAUAUCAAUGGCUAUGGCUUCUUCCAACAGAGUUUCCUCUUCAAUGGCUCUUUUCUUUGCCCUCAACCUUGUCCUCUUCGCUUCCGUGUCCGGCUGCGGCUCCUGCGUGAAGCCGAAGCCGAAGCCGAAGCCUGCAUGUCCGCCGCCGUCUACUCCAGUUCCAGUUCCAGUUCCGGCUCCAAAAGCCAGCUGCCCCAUUGACACGCUGAAGCUGGGAGUGUGCGCCGACGUGCUAGGCUUAGUGAAGGUGGUGAUUGGAGCCGACAAGGAGCCGUGCUGCUCGCUUCUUAGCCCCCUGGCUGACGUGGACGCGGCUCUUUGCCUCUGCACGGCUCUUAAGGCUAAUGUUUUGGGCAUUAACCUUAACGUCCCCAUCUCACUCAGCUUGCUCCUCAAUGCUUGCUCCAAGGUCGACCCAGCUGGCUUCAAAUGCGAAUAAUUAAUAUUCAUCCCCACCUGGCCUCCUAUUAUAUAUUCCUGUUUUUGGUUUUUUUUUUUUGGGUUUUAAUUAAUUUCUUUGGUGUGAAACAUAUAUCUGUACGAGGAUGUUCAGUUUAAGUUGUUGAAUGUCGGAUGGAAUUCGUAAUCCCAUGUACCAAACCAGCCUUCAAUUCAUAUAUGUAAUCCCAUGUAUGCUUGAUCUGAGUGGAAACAGUCGGAAAGAUACUAUUCUACUUUGCUAAUGGAGGUUAAUUUAAUUUCUAGCUAGCUAGACGACAGGGGAUUAUAUUAUAUAUUUUAUUUACCACUUAAUAUUUUUUUCAUCAUUUCAAUAAAUAAUAGAAAAACAUGUGUUUUUCGUUUGUCUCA